AUGGAAGACCCUCAACGGGAACAGUAUGUUUAUACAUAUACGUAUCAAUCAGAUGGAGAUAGUGGACAAACACCUCAAUCAAAUACGGUGAAAGUAACGACAACGGUUGAGGAAGAAACAACGCCAGAUGGUACAAAAGUUGUUCGAAAAAAAGAAGAAUCACAACAAGUAUCAAAAGUUACCAAAAUUCAAAAGAUAACACGUGUUCAUAGACACCUAAUUGAUCCCAUAACAGGUGAAAUAAUAAACCAGGAUAAUCCAAGAUAUCAAAUAUUGAUCAAUGAAUAUGGAGAGCCGAAUGCGACAUGGUCCGAUGAGAAAGUUUUUUACGAUGGAAAUGAACCAAUAAAUGGUCUGAUAACAUCAUCACACCCCAGUACAACAACAAAUGGCACUUCUCCAACAUCGUCACAACGAAAAACUCAAGACAGAACACGAUCUCAUACAGAAGAAUCAUCGUCGGCACGUUCAUCUCAACGUUCAACCACUCAUCGUCAAUGGGAAUUUGAUCAAAUUGAUCACCGAUCGGAUCAUAAUGCAUACGCUGAUAUUGGAACAGUGAUGAACAACGGAACACCUACUUUAAGUUCGUUAAGACGAAAAGAUGCUAGUCCAUUACGACAAGAAGGUCACGACUAUUUUACAACGGAAGAGAGUGGUAUUGAUAAAACAAUUGGACGUUUAAUUGAUUCGAAUGAAAAUCGUUAUUCAAAUAGUUCAGCUAUUCCCGGACAAAAAUAUGGAAAACAUGCUAGUAUUACUAAUGGUUAUAGUAGAGAUGUUGUAACAACAACGACACGUCCGGCAGAUAUGACACGCUAUUUAACAAAUAAUGAACCAGAAAAUAAUAAAAUUAGUAACGACGAACAAAUUAUUGAUUAUGAUCCAAAUGAUCCUAAUUUAGUGGACGAACCAUAUUUAGAUGUUGAAAAUCCGUAUGAAGGACUUGGCUCUGGUAGAACAGACAUUGGUCGUAGUUUACUGCCAACACUCGAACGGCAUUCGCCAGAUAGUAUAGGGCAUGCUCCUCCCGGCUAUAGUGAAAAUUAUGGUACAUUAAGUCGUUUGUAUGCACCGUAUGGUGGUGAAGAUGAUUUUAGAAAUCGUUCGCCAUCUAUUGACACUGAAUUUCGAGAACAACGAUGGAGAGAUCCCGAUCUUCAAGAAGUAGUCGAGUAUCUUGCUCAUACAAGCGAUGUUAUCAAAGAAAAUGCUGCUGCUUAUUUACAACAUUUAUGUUUCAACGAUGAUGGAAUCAAAGCUAAAACACGCGCCUUGAAUGGUAUUGCUUAUCUAGUCGCUUUGUUGGAACAUGAAAAACCGGAAAUACAAAAAAAUGCAUGUGGAGCGUUAAGAAAUUUAUGUUAUGGAAAACGAAAUGAUGAAAAUAAGCUUGAAUUAAAAAAAUGCGGUGGUUUAGCUGCAUUAAUACGACUAUUAAGACGCACUCCCUUCGAAGAUGUUCGAGAAGCAGUUACGGCCGUUCUUUGGAAUGCUUCUUCCUCACUGACAUUGAAAGGUGAAAUAUUAGAUGAUGGUCUAAUGGUUCUUGUUAAAAACAUCAUUAUUCCAUUCUCUGGAUGGAAUCCUGAUCCUAAUCAACGACUUAAUCCACAAGGAAAAUUUCCACCAGUGUUUAAAAAUGCAACAGGAAUACUAAGAAAUUGUUCAUCAGCUAAUUACGAUGGUCGACGUAAAAUGCGCGAAUGUGAUGGUUUUAUUCCGGCGUUAUUGCACGCCGUUAAUUCUUCGUUACAAUCGUUAAAUGAAAUUGACAAUAAAGCGAUUGAAAAUAGUAUGUGCAUUUUAAGAAAUUUAUCCUAUAAAUUACAAGAGAUUGUUGAUCGUGAUUAUGAUAAAAAUUAUCCGGCUAUGGCAGCAGUUGUUGCCGGUACAGCAUCGUCUUCGUGGAGUGUUAAUCCAAGUCAUCAUGAUGAGAAAAUAAAAACAGGCUGUAUGGGAUCAAAGAAGAAACCAAAACAACUUCAACAACAACAAUAUUUACAAAAUCAGUUAAAUAAUCGUCAACAACGUGAACAGAGUCAUGAACCAUCAAAUAUUUAUGCAAUAUUGGCGCCGCGAGAAGGACGUCCAGUUGAAUUACUUUGGCAACCAGAAGUUAUUGGAACAUAUGUUCAUUUAUUAAGACAUAGUAGUAAUCCUGAUACACUUGAAGCAACAGCCGGUUGCAUACAAAAUCUAACAGCUUGUUAUUGGAAACCGUCAAAUGAUUUAAGAGCAGAAGUACGAAAAGCUCGAGGUUUACCGGAACUAGUUGAUUUACUACAUGUCGAUGAAUGUGAUGCAGUUGUUAAUGCAUCAGCAAUUGCGUUAAGAAAUUUAGCUAUUGAUCCAACGAAUAGUGAAGUAUUAAGUAAUUAUGCAAUGAAAGAUUUAGUUGAAGCAUUACCAGAUCAAAAACAACAACAUCCACGACAUUCAGAUGAAACAAUCGCUUCUGUACUAGCUGCAAUCAAUGAAAUUAUAAGGGUCAAUGAUACUCAUGCUAAAUCUUUAUUUGAAAAGGAAGGUGUUCAACGAAUGAUAUUCAUAAUGAAUAGUAAACCACAUACAUUUAAUUCAAAAGUAAUUAAAUAUACAGCACAUGUUCUAAGUACAAUGUGGAAACAUCGAAGUUUACAUGAAUUAUAUAAAAAACACGGUUAUAAAGAAAGUGACUUUAUACAUCAUCGUCUAUUAAAUUCAAAAUCGUUAACAUCUAGUCCACAAUCAACAUUACAUCGGCCAAGAGGAGAUCUAGGACAACCAACAUCUUACUUAAGUAAAGGAAAACAGAUUGUUAGACCACAAAAACAUGCAGGAAGUGAAGUAUAUGGAAUGCGUAAAGUGAAUCCAAGCGUUGAAAAUUUUCCACGACCGUAUGGUAAUGGGACUCUCAACAGAGAUCCACAUGCAGAUUUGUAUGCAACAGUGCACAAACAUCGUCCACAACAAGUUCAAUCAACUUGGGAUCAUUCAGCAUCACCUGAUUCUUGGGUCUAA